CGAGGAAGAAAUGUUUUAUUACCAACGUACAUCGAGUUAUAAUUUUUAUAUAAAAAUCAACAUAAAAUAUACUUAAAAGUGUAACAUCAGCGAAAUCCAUGUUUAACAAUAAAUAAUAAUAUAUGUUGUAAAUAAUAAACGCAUCGAUGGUAUUCAUAACCUAAAAGUGUUUAAUGUCAAAAAACUAAGGUAAUAUCCAUAGACAGAGAUUAUAAUUUUUCAGACACUGAAUUAUUAAAUGUGUUCAUAAAAUAUUUAAAAACUAUGGAUGGUGGUCCGACUUUAAAGCGGCCUAAGCCAACCGAUGGUGAAGAAGAAUUAUUUCGUAUGCAAGACGAAUUUUUGAUGAAUAAACAACAACCAUCUGCAAAAGUAAUUAAUUUACGAGGUUCGAAGGCACCUUUUGAUAUUACUGCUUCUGAUGAAAUGCCUAAAAGUCAGCCAAGUAGUGGGAAAAUAAGGUCAAAAUUUUCUGAAUUGAAAAAACAUAAAAUACACAAUAGGGUGUAUACUCAUCAAAGUGGUGGCAAUGUUUUAAAUCCUGCGAUCAAGGAAAAUGUUCAGGAAAAUUUAAAACCUAAAUUACAGGAUUCUGUUCAAAAUAUAGAAAUUGCACCAUCUAAUAUAAUAUUAGGAAAUAUUAUUGAAAAGAAAUAUGGCCUAAACAACUUUAAAUUGAAUGAGAAGUCUUUUUCCGCUUUGGACAAAGGUUUCCCUGACGUUUUUGUUUCUGAUUAUAUGAAAAAUGAUGGUAAUCAAAGCUUAUUUUGGCAACAAGUUUCCCCAGAAGAAAAUGCGACACACAAAUCAGAGGAUCCUCAGAAGUAUGAACCUUCAUUUAAUAAUGAUAAUACUAUUAUAGAGAAAUCAUGGGCAACUGAGAUACACAAAGAAAAUUUAGAACGAUUAAAUAGAAUGAGUCAAGAAGAUAUAUUAAGAGAGAAAAGUAAGCUUGAGAUGAUGCUUAAACCAGAAUUAAUCCAGUUUUUAAAAGAUAGACGAAAUAAAAAACAAAAAGCAGAAGGGGAUCAAGAUGAAAUUGAAAAAUCUAAUAUUUUGAAUAAAGAUGAAAAUGUGACAUAUAUGGAUGAAGAGAAAUUGUGUACAAAAAAAAUUUCUAACAGGCACGAUAAAGAAUUAUCAAACAAUAAUGAUGUUACAUUAAUGCAAAUUGUUAAACUUGAAAAAGUCGUUGAUAAAUACAAUAAAGAUAUGUCCAAGAAUAUUGAUGAUACACAGAUGCAAAUAGACGAAUCUGAGGAAACUGUAACAGAGCCUCCUAUAGAGUUAAUGAAACUGGCUAAAGAAAAAGGUUGGGUACAUAUGGAUGCUCUUGAACGUGAAAAGUUAAAGUGGAUGGAAGAUAUACCAAUACAGAAACAAGAUGAACCUUCUCCAGAUGAACCAUACAAUGCUCGUUUUGAUUUCAAUGGUUUAUUAUUACCAUAUGAAGACGAAAGUGUACCAGUCGAGAAAGGUCUUCAUCAUCAUGGAGAAGAACCUGAACGACCUGGAUAUUCCUUGCAAGAACUAUUACAAUUAAGCCGAUCAGCUGCACAGCAGCAACGUUGCAUGGCUCUUACAACGCUGGCAAAUAUUAUAGAUAAAAGUCGUAAGGGCUGGUAUGAUAAAGCAUUACAUCCAGCACCUUUGCCUGUGCUAAGUCAACGAAAUCUCCUAUUAUUAUUGAGGUUUUCUUUAGAUGAUACAUCAGUAGCUAUAGUAACAGCAACUUUACAAGCACUUAGAGCUUUUUUAUAUAGCGAAGAAGAUGAAAUUUGUUUGGAUAGAUUGUAUGGUUUCCAAAAUUACGAAGAACCUAAUAUAACGCCACCAAAAACUGAUAUUACUAAUACAAGUAAUUUGAAAGAUCAUGAAUUGGUGCAAUUAGACGCAAUAGCUGCGUUAUUAAGAACUGAUAUAUUCAUAAGGAUUAGGUAUAUUUUGCGUGAAAUGCGACCACCGCCUGUUGGUGUAACAUGUGCAUUAGAAAUAUUAAUCAGACUCGCAAGAUAUUCAAAUAUAACAGCAUUAAACAUUAUGAGCAUCCCGAAUUUAUUAGAAGCAAUCGCUGAAUACUUUAUGCCAUUAUCUACUGAUCGUUUAGCAAUGCAGAAAACUAUAAAUAAUGUUUAUGGAGUUCCUGUAAUUCCUGCUGUUAGGUUUUGUCGUAUUUUACUUUAUUAUGGAGGAAAACCAGUUGCCCAAAAGUUGAACAACCUUAACAUUAAACAACGCAUUAUUUCGUAUAUCUGUUGCGAUGCAGGAAAUGAAAGUAUUAAUCUCAGCAUCGAAAGUUUACGACUAUGGAAAACUUUACUACUUCACGGAGAGGCAAUGGACAGUUUAAAUGGCGUACAAUUAAUUUUAUUGUCUCAGUUACAACUUCUAUUAAGUAAUCAUGAUAUUCGAAAUGCAUCCGAAUUAUCUUGUGAAUAUGCAGCAAAUUUAAUUGCUGUUGCCAGUUGUUUGACAUCUUUAAAAGCAAAUAUAUCAAUUUUAUUGUUGAAAUGGAGUACACAGUUAUUAUCUUUAACUAAUGUUACAUGGGGCAAUACAAAACUUCUUGCAGAAACAUUAUUGGCAGUCAAUGAUACUUCUGUAAUUCAAAAAUUGAUAAUAUCUCGAUCACGAGUAUUUUCUAAACUUAGCUCUUCUUCAAAUUUAUUGAGUGGCUAUAGACCAGCUAUUGAACGCGAUCCUCCUUCUCUACCUCAUCUAGGUAUAUUAACAGAGGAUGGACAAUUACAGCCUAUAGUAUCUCAACAAUCUUGUAUACCAUUUCUUGCAACCGUUUUAAAAGUAUUCAUUAAUCAUUGUUUUAUACAAGAAGUUCAAGCAAUUCUCAGCCUUCCACAACUUUGUAAAUAUUUAAAAAAAUUAGAAACAACAGAAUGGUGCUUAGAAAGAUCAUGGUACACAAGAUUUGAAUUAUCUUUCUUGAUUGCUAUAGUGAAGGCAGCUUCUCUUGUUAAAGAUAAACUCGACAAAAGUACAGCGCAUAUUAUUUGGAAAAUUGCAGUCAAACUCGUAUCAUCUUUACCUGCUGAUUUUUCAUCCGAUGUAAAAGAUAUGCUUCGGAUUGCAUUAUCAAAAGAGAAAUUAAGUUUAGCAACGAUAGCAAAUGAAUUAGAGAAAUUAAACUUGAGUCCAAACGUCGAGAAUAUUAAAUUAAAUUUAAACAGUGAUAUGGCUGCUUUAUAUGAACAUUAUGUAGAACUGAAUGGCGAAUGGGAUCAAGCGGCAAUGCCUAAAGAUUGGCUUUAUCUCCCAGUAGUACACAUUUAUACAAAAUGUAGAAACAAUAGCACAUGCAAUGAUGAAGAUAAAUCUACUAUCUUGACUGUACUGAGUUUAGAAUUACUAUUACCUGAUUUGGUUGAAAAGUUGUCUCAAAGUCUAAGAUUCAGCAGAUUAGUUCUGGUAUACCUAUGUGAUACAGUAUAUUUAAAUAGCGACGUAUCUGCUUUACUUACUAAAGCCAUUGUAUCUUUAUUGAAAGAUAAUUACGAGAAAUUUAAUUUUACAAUAGAUUUGCCAGGACUUAACUCGUUUACUGAUUUAUUCACGGUCAUGUGCGAACAUUUUUGUUCAACUUCUUAUGGUGAUUAUGGUUUUUCGAUGACUAUAUUGCUGCUAAUUGCACAAAGGCACGAUGUUCACUAUAGAAAACUAUUAUGGUCGGAACAUGCGGGUUUGUUGCGUUACAUUAGAUUACCUUUAGAACAAUUGGUUAUUCCGUUAAAAGAAUAUUUCUAUCCACUCGAAGAAGAUACAUCUUUAAUAGAAAGUUAUAUAACCGCUCUUGUUAGAGAAAUUGUUAAAAAAGAUUGGUGUCCCAUUCCUUAUGCCAUUGCUGUACAUCAUUCUGCAAUGUAUUUAAAACAACCAAAUAAAUUAGCAGUACGAAUGAGAAUGAAAUUAGAGAAAAUACCCAAUAAAGAUUUAGCUGUAACGUUACUAGAAUACAAAGAACCUACAUUAUAAGUGUAGAUAAUUGGUGUAUUAGAUUUUUAAUAAGAGAUUCGAAAUUAAUUAC